AUGGGCUCUUCAACCACGGACGAGGUUACCCUCGAAGAUCUACCUGACUUGCUGUAUAAGGACACCCGCGUCAAGGUGGCUGGAGUGGAUGUCGAUGGCCAGCUGCGCGGGAAACUAGUGUCCAAAAAGAAAUUCUUGUCGAUGGCUGAAGAGGGGUUUGGCUUUUGUUCGGUGGUGUUUGGCUGGGAUAUGCAUGACCAAACAUACUUCAAAGAACUGGGGAUCAGCAACAAGGACAAUGGAUAUCGCGAUAUCCUCGCCAUCCCGGACCUCAGCAGCUUCCGGCGCAUACCCUGGGAGAAAAGAGUCCCCUUCUUCUUGGUCCGAUUUUAUGACCCUGACACCAAGGAACCACUAUUUGCAUGUCCCCGUGGUUUGCUGAAAAGUGCAGUGAGCAAGGCAGAAGCUGCGGGUUAUCGCGCAAUGGCUGGGGCGGAAUAUGAAUUUUAUCAAUUCCGUGUCCCAGACACCCACCCCACCCCCGAGCGGAAUGCCUCAGCGACUGCGACCUUCCUCAAAGAGAACCCCGUCGAGGCUCUGCCCCCGCUGACGGAGGGGAUGUUUGCAUAUAGUUUGAGCCGUCCGAUUCACAAUCAAGACUACUACUAUGGAGUAUACGAUAACUGCCGGUUAUUCAACUGUGGGAUCGAGGGGUGGCACACCGAGAGUGGUCCGGGGGUGUAUGAAGCCGCGUUGGAGUUUGACGAGGCCAAAGCAAUGGCAGACAAAGCCGGACUGUUCAAGUUCGUGGUCAAGUCCAUCGGGACCAAGCAUGGCAUCACCCCGUGCUUCAUGGCCAAACCACGCCAGGGCCUGCCUGGGAACAGCGGCCACAUGCACAUUUCGCUCGUCACAGCGGACGGGACCAACGCCUUCUACCGCAGCACCCCCGAUCCGUCGCCGCCGUACCCCGACGUCGCCCAUCUGUCCGACCUAGGACGACACUUCCUGGCAGGGAUCCUCAGCGGUCUCCCAGACAUUAUGCCCAUGUUCGCUCCGACGGUCAAUUCCUACAAGCGGCUCGUGGAGAACUUCUGGGCCCCGGUCACAGUCUCGUGGGGGUUGGAGCACCGGGCGGCGUCCAUUCGGGUGAUCUCCGCACCGACGGCAAGCCCGAAGGCCACGCGACUGGAGGUGCGGGUACCGGGAGCGGAUGCCAACCCGCACUUCGUGCUGGCGGCGGUGGUCGCAUUGGGCUGGCGCGGAGUGGAAAAGAAGCUGGACAUUCCGGUGCCGCCGUUGUCCAAGGGCGACGACAUGGGCGGGGCCAGCGAUCAGGGAGCGCGACUGGCUAAAUCACUGGGCGAGGCGACGGUCACGUUCAUGCGUCCGGAAAGUGUCGCGCGGGAAGUGUUUGGCGACGCGUUUGUGGAUCAUUUUGGGGGGACUCGCGAGCACGAGGUGCGCUUGUGGGAGGAAGCCGUGACCGAUUGGGAAGUGCGACGGUAUAUCGAGACGGUCUAG